UAGCACUCGAGUUUUAGCAGGCAGUAGUCUUGCAAACAUGCAAUUCCUUAUGCAAGACGUCUUCAGAAUGAGGGGAAAGGUGAAUGGACCACGCGCUGCCGCAUCCUUGCCCUCCACGGAAACCAGCUUUGGGCCUCUGAGAUGCUUUUCGAGAUAAUGUUAGCCUUAGGGCUCAGGUUGCGUACGCAGAGCCCAGCGCGCCAGCUUCGCAUCCCCGCACCAGGCUCCGCAGCUCCGAGAGGUAUGAACGGGAUCCGGAGGAGACUACCCUGCGUGAGCAGAUCCGUGGACUUUAGCCACCCUCGGGAACUGACCCCCAGCUCCUCCAGCCUUUUAUGAACUGAGAGGCUUGAAGCUUUUCCGCAUCCCGGAGCCUGAAAAAUUUCAAUGAAAAGGAAAGUCAAUGGAUCGUGGUCUUUGAAAACCUGCUUAGACAUGUCUGUUUCCCGGUUUUCUGAACACGUGGCACAGCUGUAAGUAACUGCUUUGCAGUGGUGAUGAAUUGGAUGGCUUCAGACAAGAGGCAAAAAAACUAAUUUUCUCAUUUUCGCGCUGAUUUGCUUAACUGGUGGGACCAUGCCAGAAAGGCUAGUUGAGAUGCUCGUGGAACUCUGGACUCCAUUAGUAAUAUUAUGGAUUACCCUCCCCUCUUGUGUGUACACGGCUCCGAUGAAUCAGGCUCACGUUUUAACUACUGGAUCCCCUUUGGAACUAAACAGGCAGAGUGAAGAAAUGCGGAUUUUGAGCCGCUCCAAAAGAGGCUGGGUUUGGAAUCAAAUGUUUGUCCUGGAAGAAUUUUCUGGACCUGAACCGAUUCUCGUUGGCCGGCUACACACAGAUCUGGAUCCAGGAAGCAAAAAAAUCAAGUAUAUCCUGUCGGGUGAUGGAGCUGGCACAAUCUUUCAAAUAAAUGACAUAACUGGAGAUAUCCAUGCAAUCAAAAGACUUGACCGAGAAGAAAAGGCUGAGUAUACGUUAACAGCUCAGGCAGUGGACUGGGAGACAAGCAAACCUCUUGAGCCUCCUUCUGAAUUUAUUAUUAAAGUUCAAGAUAUCAACGACAAUGCACCUGAAUUUCUCAAUGGACCUUACCAUGCCACUGUUCCAGAGAUGUCCAUUUUGGGUACGUCUGUCACUAAUGUAACAGCGACUGAUGCUGACGACCCAGUUUAUGGAAACAGUGCAAAGUUGGUUUACAGUAUCUUGGAGGGACAGCCGUAUUUUUCCAUUGAGCCUGAAACAGCUAUUAUAAAAACUGCCCUUCCUAACAUGGACAGAGAAGCCAAGGAGGAAUACCUGGUCGUAAUUCAAGCCAAAGAUAUGGGUGGACACUCUGGUGGUCUUUCUGGAACCACAACACUCACAGUGACCCUUACUGAUGUUAAUGACAAUCCUCCAAAAUUUGCUCAGAGUUUGUAUCACUUCUCAGUACCAGAAGAUGUGGUCCUUGGCACUGCAAUAGGAAGGGUUAAAGCUAAUGACCAGGAUAUUGGUGAAAAUGCACAAUCAUCCUAUGACAUCAUUGAUGGAGAUGGGACAGCACUAUUUGAAAUCACUUCUGACGCCCAGGCCCAAGAUGGUGUUAUAAGACUAAGAAAGCCUCUGGACUUCGAGACCAAAAAAUCCUAUACUCUGAAGGUGGAGGCAGCCAAUAUUCACAUCGACCCACGUUUCAGUAGCAGGGGACCCUUUAAGGAUACAGCAACAGUCAAAAUUGUCGUAGAAGACGCUGAUGAGCCUCCGGUCUUCUCUUCACCAACUUACCUCCUUGAAGUUCAUGAAAAUGCUGCUUUGAACUCUGUGAUUGGCCAAGUGACAGCUCGGGACCCUGAUAUCACUUCCAGUCCAAUAAGGUUUUCCAUCGACCGCCACACUGACUUGGAAAGACAGUUCAACAUCAAUGCAGAUGAUGGGAAGAUAACACUGGCAACUCCCCUGGACAGAGAACUAAGUGUUUGGCACAACAUCACCAUCAUUGCUACUGAGAUCAGGAACCACAGUCAGAUAUCUCGAGUGCCUGUUGCUAUUAAAGUGCUGGAUGUCAAUGACAACGCCCCUGAAUUCGCAUCCGAAUAUGAGGCAUUUUUAUGUGAAAAUGGAAAACCCGGCCAAGUCAUUCAAACAGUAAGCGCCAUGGACAAAGACGAUCCCAAAAACGGACAUUUUUUCUUAUACAGCCUUCUUCCAGAAAUGGCCAACAACCCAAAUUUCACCAUCAAGAAAAAUGAAGAUAAUUCCCUGAGCAUUCUGGCAAAACAUAAUGGAUUCAACCGCCAGAAGCAAGAAGUCUACCUUCUGCCUAUAGUGAUCAGUGACAGCGGGAACCCUCCUCUGAGUAGCACCAGUACCCUGACCAUCCGAGUCUGUGGCUGUAGCAAUGAUGGCGUGGUCCAGUCAUGCAAUGUUGAAGCUUAUGUCCUUCCUAUUGGACUCAGUAUGGGGGCCUUAAUUGCUAUAUUAGCAUGCAUCAUUUUGCUGCUCGUCAUUGUGGUUCUGUUUGUUACUCUGAGGCGGCAUAAAAAUGAACCACUAAUUAUCAAAGAUGAUGAAGACGUGCGAGAAAACAUCAUUCGCUACGACGACGAAGGAGGAGGGGAGGAGGACACAGAGGCUUUUGACAUUGCAACUUUGCAAAACCCAGAUGGAAUUAAUGGAUUUUUACCCCGUAAGGAUAUUAAACCAGAUUUGCAGUUUAUGCCAAGGCAAGGGCUUGCUCCAGUUCCAAAUGGUGUUGAUGUCGAUGAAUUUAUAAAUGUAAGGCUGCAUGAGGCAGAUAAUGACCCCACGGCCCCACCAUAUGACUCCAUACAGAUUUAUGGCUAUGAAGGCCGAGGGUCUGUGGCUGGCUCCCUCAGCUCCUUGGAGUCCACCACAUCAGACUCAGACCAGAAUUUUGACUACCUCAGUGACUGGGGUCCCCGCUUUAAGAGACUGGGCGAACUCUACUCUGUUGGUGAAAGUGACAAAGAAACUUGACAGUGGAUUAUAUAAAUAAUCAAUGGAACUGAGCAUUCUGUAAUAUUCUAGGGUCACUCCCCUUAGAUGCAACAAAUGUGGCUAUUUGUUUUAGAGGCAAGUUUAGCACCAAUCAUCUAUAAACUCAACCACAUUUUAAUGUUGAACCAAAAAAAAUAAUAAAAAUAAAAAGUAUAUGUUAGGAGGUGAUAAAUCUUGUGGAGUGUGAAUUAAGUAUGUGGAGUGUCUAGAAGUCUUUGAAUAUUUGAUAUUUACAUGACGGCCACAGUCAGAGAUUGGGAUCCUAGCUAAUCCUUAGAGAGUUGUUUAAGAGGAGAAAAACAAAAAACAAAAACAAAAUUAAAAGGUGCUUUAUUAGGAAAAAAAUGGACUUGCAAGGACUCUGCUGCUGAUACGUGUCUUCUGUAAGGAUUCUUAUGAGUGCAAAUGGUUUUAUUUCCCUUCACCAAUAAGGAUCCCGUCACAAAUGAUAAAGCAAUACUUUGGUCUGCUGUACAUUAUGACUUUAUGGAGUUUUGGGGAGGCCUCCUAGAUUAUAUGGUACGGUGACCAUACGUUGUACAUAAUUGUUGGCCCCACUCAAGAGAGACUGAAUAGCAUCUUUAAAUAUUGUGUCGAGCCUUAAAAUAUUCACAUGUUCGUAAUCCAUUCCAGGGUGGGGAUUGCCAACUCAAAGGUGGGAGGAGAGAAAUGCCAUUCAAACAGGCUGUGUCUAGAAGCAGGAUUCUUCGUUCCCUCCACUUCAUCUUCUUCCACAAGGACACAGAGAUAAACUGUAUUCCACAGUGGACCACAUCAGAGACAGAUGGUUUUAUUGCUAGCGUGUGAAUUUAUUUGUUUAAUCCUCAAAAUAAAUAUUUUAUUGAUGUCCAAUAAUGCUUUUAUUUAUUAAGGUUGGUAAUCUAUAGAUUAAGGGAUUAUAUGGGGAAAACUAAAUUAUAUCCAUUAAUAAUCCUUUAGAUUGUUUUAUAUUAAUAUCUAUACAAUGAAUGUUUAAUACAUGUACAUUUUGAUGAGAUAAGUAUGGCAGGCAAUAUUAUCAAGGGGAGAGGUAAUAGUCUCUUUAGAGUAGAAAGUGUAAUUGUGACUGGUGAUUACAGGAACAGCAUUUCCCAGAGAAACUUUUGGACUAUUUUCUAUUUUCUUCAUAAUCCUAGUAUUUGGUGUUUUUACUACAAGCACAAACAUCUGGAAGUAUAUUGAUUCCUGUGAAUAUUUAAACUCUAGACUUUUAGAUACUUACAUAAUGCCCCACCCAAUAAACAUGCUUCAAGUUUUCCUCUCCCAAAUAAUUUAGAGCAGAAACUAAUUUGUACAUAAUUUUACUGCUUAUGUUUUUUACACUUCUGUCCCUGGUUAUGGUGAUGCGCAGAACGUCUUAGACUUCAGAAGCAGAACAGCCCUAGAAGAUGUGAGCAUAUUUAAUUUGUAAUGCAAACCUGCCAUGUAGGAGUAGACAAUGUAUGAUAAAACUCAAGUAUUACAUGCAGAUCAUUUUACUUUUCUACUUUGCUUUAAUGCAAUAUUGUUUAUUUACUCCAUGUGUUGUAUUCAGAGAAACUCCUGUAUUGUUUCCUACUUUGUGAAAUAUAUUUUUAUAAAUACCUUUGUUGUCAUCAUUUUUUCCAGCUAUAUGAAGAUUUCUGAGCAGAACUAUUGACUCUAAGAUUCUAAACUGUGCAAUCAAAUCACACUGUGGGUCACUUUUAGUUAUUAGCAUCUUUACUAUAAUAAAGAACCAGAGAACAGAAGUGGGUUGCUAUUGAUCCCAUACUAAGAAAACAUCAGACACAUAAAAGUAAAUAACUUACCUAAAAGACAGUCAAGUGUAUUUUGGGGGUCCCUAAAUGCAGAGGAUUGGGUGGAGGUAACAAAAGAGAGGAUAAAAAAUCAAGAGUGCAAUUCUGCAUAGGAAAAGGCUAUAGGUGAGAUUACAUUCCAAAAUGUCACAAAAUAAAGGAAUUUGAAUAUUUGGAGAUAGAACCUAAACUACACUGUGGACAUGAAAACCAUUCUUUUUUAGAUCCUUAGAGAAUCCAUUAGAAAUAAGACCUAUGGGCUCUUGUCACCCGCUACUUCAGUCCCUAUCUUGGUGAUAUCUAAGGAAAGCAUGAAUUUGGGUUGGAGAAGGAAGGCAACAGUUUCUGGAAGCUGUAUUCAUCAUACCAGAAUCAAAAUGACUAAAUAUUCAAAUAAAAAUUUAAUAGCUAUUCAGUGGCUUACCACCUCCUCAUUGUUCACUAUUGCCCAAUCAUAAUCCUACAUUUAUGUGUCUCUCAGUGGCUACUGAACACUUUUCAUGAAGUCAAAGGGAGAGUCCAUAGUGACUUUUAUAUUCAUCAGAUUAGUAGACAUCACAAAAGGUAUUACUAUAACUUAUAGUAACAAUAAAGACCCAAAUCCUAACUUUCUUGCACAUUAUAAACCAAGGUGGACUUUUUUUUUAUUUUCCAUUUGCACUUCAAACUUGUCUCUGUUUACUUUAAAGGAAAGUCGUGUAUAAGACAUUUGUAACAGAUAUACCACACUAUUCUUUUUAUAGGAUUAUAAAAUCAACAUCUUCAUUGUUGAUCAAUAGAAUAAUAUUCAUAUGAUAGAUCAUGGGAAAGAAGCAAUUUAGGACCAGUUUUCUAAUCAACCUUAAAUUUUACUUUGUUCAGAAAGACAUCAUGGAUACAUGAGCCCCAUUAACAACAUUUCUUUCCACUACUAUCCACAUAUUUUGUGCACCAAAGCCGAUCUGAAGUUUUGAUAUGCUGGAUAAAGUGGUGCUACGUGUAAUUAUGUAGGGAUAAUAUGUUCUUGCUAUGUGAAAUGCAUUUUAGGCUACCCUGAGUUUAAUUUUAUUCAAGAAAGCCCAUACCCAAAAUAUUAGACUAUCCCAUUUACUUUACCAACAAACUUACUAGAACUCCCACAUUCAGAAUAGGACUAUAGAGAUCCAAAUUGUUUUACUUUUGAGAUUUAAUCACUCCUCCCUUAACCAUCUUCAAGCAAUGCAUUUUAACUUUGUUAAAGUUUUUUGUUUAUGCAAUUAUUUUGCUCUUGCAAUAUUGACAAAUCAGAUGAAUCUUCAUAUACACACAAGUGGUUACUUAUCAAAUAUAAUAUUGCUACGUGCUACAGUCAUUAUUGUGGCUGUGAUCUUUGUGUGUCCAAAGGACAAGUCUCUUUUAAUGUUUGCCAAGAAUUCUGUGCCAAAUGACAGAAGAAAUAGUUUGUCUCCUUCUGCUUUCUUUACUGUAAGGUUCUUUUUUUGAGAAUUUGAGGCAUCUAUGCAUAAGUGGAGGCCACUUGGAAUCAAAUCAGCCUCUAACAUCUGUAUUAUUUGAUCAACCAUUUUUAAUAUACACAUAAACAUGUCACCUAAUAUUAGUAAACCACUUUAAUAAAAUUCUCACUAUGAGUGCAGUCAAGGUAUAUUUUAAAUGGUUUAUGAUAAAAUGAUUGAAUUAUAUUCAUGUGGUGCCUUUUCCACCCCAAAUUUGUGCUGUCUAUGACACAAACUUUACAGCAAAACUGUUUUGUACCAAAAAAAUAAAAAAUGAGUAAGUGUGUAUGUGCAUAUAUAACUUAAAAGAAAACUUGGAUGCAUCAGUAUACCCAGUGAGACAAGAAUCCUCAGAAAGAGACAAAUGUGUCUGAGAGCUUGCUUAAUCAUAUGCUUAAAGUAAGACAAGUCUCUGCAUGAGGCAUAGAAAUCUCCCAGGAGCAGCCGGCUCCACACUGAGAAUCCACAGAGGGCUGAGCUAUCUGUAUUUUAGAGAAGGAAAGUGGGUGCUGAGAGCUAAGUAGCCAAUUACUUUUUAUAGCCACAUAAGGACUGGAGGCAAGUAGUCCUUUGCAACAUGUUGUAUUAUGCGAUCGUUGGCUUUGCAGGGAAUCUCACGAAUGUAUAACCUUCUGAUUGCCUUUUUGAUUGAAAGUUCCAUCUGAGAUCAAGGCAGUGCAACCAGUAAUAAGAUUUCAAAAAAUCCCAUCACUGGCACUGUUGGAAAGGUUGAGCGUGCCUGAAAUCCCAUCACUGUCAGUCAAAGAGAUAAGGUAACAGUGGGCAUCACUAUAAAAGCUGCAUGAAUGCACAAUUUAAACAUGAACAUCAACACGAAAAAGAAUGCACAUGCAUUCACAUGACUGUCCAUAUAUACACAUAUGCCCAUGUAGACACAUAUGUAUACAAAUGCAUACAAAUACACCUGCAUACACACAUACACUUAAGUUACUUUGGAUAACUUAUACUAAUAUGUUCUCAUUUCAAUAAUAAAUUUUCAUAUCAUAGUCUCAUAUAUGACAAAAAUACUUGAAAUAAUGGUUAUUUGUUUCUCUGACUCUAACUUUGAAGUCAAAAGCAAUCUGUCUAGUGGUAAAGGUUUUAAAUGUGAGUUUUGGUUCCUGAACAUAAUAACAACUUAUAAAGCCUGAGCUUAAAAUUAAAUGCAUCUCACCAAGAAGCUGGAUUUAGAUGCUUUUGUAUCAUUGUAUUUUUGUGGAGAUGAUAAUUGUAGAAUAUAUUUUGUAGGAAAUAAUUUUCUCUAUGUUUACAUUUCGUUAUCCAACACAGUUUUCUUUGCUAAACAAACUCCUUUUCUUUGUUGCUCAGAUGACCAAGAAGUGAAUAAAAUGUUUACUAUCAUUGCUGUUCUUGUUUAUGAUAA